UGGUGACCAUUAAUGACGUCAUUUUCCAACAUGGCAGACGACAACUGAAAGAAGUGGUGUUUUUUUCCUUGGAUUUUCCCUGUAAAUUUGUACUCUUUGCAAACUGAACCAUGUCGUGCACCUUGAGCAUAGAAGCAAACAUCCAAAAUGUAUCUACUGUCCGAAAAUUCUUGUUUCCAAACUUGCUUGAAGAACCGGUGACGAAAAGUCCAGCAGACGAUGGUUGGGAGGAAGAGGACUGGGGUUGGGGAGAGGAGUUUACUGAGGAGACUCAGCAGCAGAAAAAGAAGAAGGAAGAGGAGGCCAACUCGUGGCUGGAAGAUUGUUGCAUCUCUCUGUCUCCCACCAAUGACCUUCUGGCCCUGGCAUUUGAAGAUAGGGCUGUGUUCUUGUCACAUAAAUGGGAUUCUGACAAACUGAAGUACCAGAUGAGUUGGAAAGGACCUGUCAAUCUGGAGGAAGGGGAGUGUGUCACCAGUAUCAUGUGCAUCCCACUUGCAUCAUUGAAAAGGAGCUCUACAGGAGGCCCAGACUGGACAUGUGUUGUGAUGGGGUUCACUUCAGGCUAUAUCAGGAUGUAUACAGAGAAUGGGAACCUCCUACUGUCUCAACUGUUGCAUGAAGACCCCGUAUUGAAGGUCAAAUGCAGCACGUACCAGCCAAGAAGACAUGCUGGAGCAGCAGAACAGUUGGAGGAGCUGACUAUUCUUUACCCCAAUGCCCUGGUGACCAUAGAUGGCUUCAGCUUGUACCAGAGCCUCAGGGCCUGUAGGAACCAGGUGGCAAGAGCUGCAGCAGGUGGCAGUGAUGUUCAGCCUCCUCCUCUGGCCUACAAGAAAUGGGGACUGGGGGACCAGGCCAACAUGGUGGACCACAUCAGCUGUGGUGUGGUGACCCCCAGCCUGUUUGACCAGCUGCAGACUGCCUCCAUCCUGGGUGGUUACGGUGCAACCAUCACCCAGAACCCGCCGCCUGCAGCCAGAUACAUCACCAGCGGCACCAGUCCUUAUGUCGCCUUCUUCUUCGCUGUGGAAGGAACAGCACCACCUAUCAUCUCUGAAGUUGCUGCAGCAGUAGCCAGCAAACUGAAGUCAGCUUUGAUCUCUGGUGUUGGAGGAUGGCUUGGAUGGAAAGGAAAGCCACAAGGUGAGGAUCCCAAACAGAAGCCAAAAGUGGAGCCUGCAACUCCUCUUCCACUCAGGUUUGGUCUCCCUGACCUGCGUCGGCAUGGUGACAGUAUCGUCCUGUCACCUGGUCGUCAGCUGGCCGCCACCACUGACAGCUUUGGUCGAGUCAUUCUGAUUGACACUGACAAGGGUGUGGCCAUCAGAGUGUGGAAAGGUUACAGAGAUGCCCAGGUUGGGUGGGUCAAGGUAACCGAGGACAAGGACCGUGAUGCCAUGGCAACUGACACGCCCCCCAGAGAAGCACUCUUCCUCAUCAUAUAUGCUCCCAGGAGAGGUAUUCUAGAGGUGUGGGCCAUGCAGCAGGGACCUAGGGUGGCAGCCUUCAAUGUGGGGAAACAAUGCAGACUGCUGUGUCCAGGCUAUACCAUGAUGGGGUUGAACAAUGUGACCUUCUACACCAACAAACCUCCCACGUACCAGUGCUGCCUGGUGGAACCUUCUGGUGUCAUAAAGAUCAUCAAUGUACCCUUCCAUCUCAUUCUCAGUGGUGCAAACAGCAAGAGAGCCAGAGAUCUGCACCUGCUGAAGAAGCUGUCCACCAUCCUCAGCACACCCAGCUCCCAAGAAGGAUCCUUAGAGAAACAGUUAGUGAACAUCAUUUCAGACAUCAAAAUUGUGGCUUUAAAAAGACAGGGCCUGGAGAAGAUUCUGGCUCAUAAGAUCCUGCCAGCUGAUCUGAUGCGGAAUGUCAUUAGGACUGUGAAGAACAAUAUACAGCUGGCCCUGGAGAAGGAAGACCCAGACUCCAUCGCCCCUGAGAGCAGAGGUCUACUGCACUUCUGUAAAGUACAGGAACUGCUGCUGGAUGUGUACAUUACCAUCAGUCUGCUGAACAAGCAAGCUACACAGGCCAUGGGCAUGGCUGAGAACAAUCCAGAACAGGGAAUCAGCUGGCAACAGGGUGCACUUCAAGACCCCAUACACAUCGACCCCGCAGCCUUCCUGUCCUGUUUCAUCUGUCCUUAUCAUCAUGCUGAUGACAAUGCACCUACUUCAUCUUCCCUAAAAAUUCUCAUGAGUUCAGACAUUGAUGAGCAGCUGUCACUCAAACUUGGAACAUUCCUGUUCAAAUGUGGUCUGACGGGAGGUGACUCCAUUGAAGCCCUGUGUUCCUGUCUGGAGAGGUCAGGCAUCCCUGCUGCUGACCUCAUGUCAUUACUCCUGAGAGUGUGGCUAAAUAGUGAGACUGAGCUGAUUCGCCCAAGAGACGUAUCUCCCGUCAGCAACUUGCACUGCCUCCUGGCAAGCAUUACCAGAACUGCAGAGCCCAACACAGUAUCCCCGUGGUGGCAGAGUGUCAGGGACAUCUGUACAGCAGCUGAAGCACCUGCCAGUGCCCUGAUGGCAGCUGUUGCUGCACGGAGCGUGGCUGCAUCUGUUGUACCAAACAACAAAAGUGGGAACAAAGAACAGGACAGUCAAGAAGACAAAGACACAGACCAAGAAGCACUUUCCUUGAGUUCCCCUACACCAAGCACCACCAGCACUGACACCAUGGAGGAAUGGGAGACGGUUGCCAUGGAUACCGAACAUUGGAACCUGCUGGUGCGGCAGCUGGAGGAUGUAGUGGUACUGAGCACGCUCCUGAGGAGUAAGGUCAGGGACGGUGUGGAUCGACCUCCUUCAUAUGCAGAAACCAUGGGGAAGGAACACAAGGUUGUCUCUGUCAAGGGACUGCUGGAAGGUGGCAGCGGGUCCAUUGCAGCAUUGGUUGCUAACUGGGUGGCAAGGACAGGGAUUCUACCCAGCAUGCUUUCUGUCUCCCAUCAUGCCGAGGGUGAGGAUGAGGAAGCCAUGGAACUGGGAACAGAUGUGACCUCUGAACCGGCUCUUCCAGAACUGGAGAGGCUGGCAGACCUCUACAGAAGCCAACUGGAGCGUUUCCCCUACAGCCUGGACCCAGAGGUGCUCCAUGCACACUGUACCUGGGAGUAUGUGGUACAGUGGAAUAAAGAUCCAGAGGUUGUAGCCUUACUGGAAAGGUCCAUUGAGCAUCUUAAGUUUGUUGGCAAUGCUUACCUACAACAUGGCCUGGGCUGCAUGAUGUGGCACACCUUCAUGGUGAAGAGAUUCUCAGCAACUGCUUUUCUUAUGGAAAAGGUUGGGAAGGCCCCAAAGGAUAGGCUGUGCAGAAAGGAUGUUGGCUUGAGUGAUGCAGCCUUAACAAACUUUCUGGGACAAUGCAACAUCCUCUUGCAAGUCAUAUUAGAGGCGGAAGUAGAGUCCCCGUACCCAUUCUUUUCCUCACAGGCGGAGGUGGAGUCCUCCCACGUGCCCGUGUUUGAUAUCGAGGACCUGUGGCAGGCCACGCAGGGCCCCACGUCCAUCGCAGAGCUGGCGGCAGAACAGCGCGUGUCGAACUACCAGCUGCUGCAGCACCACAUGAAGCUCAGCAGUAUCAUGCACGCUGUCAUGGUCUUCUCACUCAGGACGGUCAAGCCACUGUCAUAUUACUUUGAUACUAAGGGCAAGAAUGCAUUCUUCAAGGACCUGCACUCCUACCCCCUCCUGCCUGGCAGUGACAUUGACAUCGCCAUCAUUUGUGCCAGGCAACAGUUCCUAUGUAGAAUAGUGAGUGCAGCAGUUGGAACCCUCCCCAUCCCUCCAGCCUUUCUCACCAAAGAUGAUGGUGCUGUUGCGAUGGAGACAGACAAGGAAAAGGAAUUGUUGCAAUCUGACCUUGAUGCCUACCAAACAAUGUCAGACAACAAGGUGGUGUUGGAGGCCUGUAAGUGGGCAGACACCAUACUGGAGUUAGGUCAGAGGUUGGAGGUGGAUGUGGACGUGGUCAGAAGACAUUACUGUAAUGAGCUGUACAGCAGGGGCUAUGACUACCUGGGACAGGAGGUGCUGAACUCUGUGAAUGAACGGUGCCAGCUGGGCUGUGACCUGCUCCUGCUGGUAGGGAAGCGUCUGUCCCACCUCAUGUCCUCAGCUGAACCCAAGAGAAGUGUUCAACUCCUGUCCAGACUUCCUCCCACCCUGUCCACAUGGCUCAAGCAGCAGAGUCCAUCAGAUGUCCAUUUCCCCGAUGUCCCUCUGCUCCUGACUGCCCAGCUGUUGAGCCAGGUGGUCAGCCUCCUGCCUGAAACACACGGACAGUACAGCCUGGCCAUACAACUUGUCGAGUCCAUCGAUAUCAUGAGGGACUGAUGUUAUUUAUAAAGGAGUAUACCAUCUAAGUCAUCUCUAUCUGAUGGUUGAAAGAAAUGUUGUAACAUUGUGUAAAGUAUUUGUGUUGAUAGAUAAAUAUUUCAUCUAUUCAAGAAUCCAGUAUCAGAUUGUGCAUUAGGUAUUAAUUCCUUGUUCAAAAAUAGAGAAUUUGUACAGGCAACUUCAGGCCAAUAAGUAAUCUCUACCAACGAGAUAUGUCUGGGUCAGUCAGGUGAUGGUUCAAAUGUUUUUUAUUGAUGGACACAUUAUGACCUCAUACCCACACAAAUGGGUAUGUUUUACCUGGAGUUUAGUUCUGCAGGAUAAAUCAUGCACUGAUAAUGCUUGCAAAGGCAGGACAAGUAUAGCUAUGGCGUAACCCUUAAUCAUUAGUCAACUGUUGCAAUGAACACACAAUAAAAGUGCAAAAUUGUACUUACUUGAUCUGGGAUAAGGAAUUGUAGAACUCCAGCAAAUGUCUGUCAGUAGUGUGAAUCUAUUUAUUUUCAUGGGGAUUUCAUCUUCUGAUAGGAGUGGAAAGGUUUUUGCAGUGGUUAAAACACGUUUGAGGUGUCAUGGUGGACAAGCACUGCAAAAAUAAAACCACCACAACUGAUAAUUAGCAAGUAAUAUGCAUGUGUUCAAUAAUUUAAUAUAAAGAAAAGGGUGUGUUGCAGUUCAAUGAAUGGCGACUUGUGUCCAAAUGCUGCUGCUCCUUUUCAGUUCUCCAAAAAUGUAACUUCAUUAGCGCUCAGAUAUCAUUUACAUUGUGCCAUCAUUCUGGUAUUAGAUGAUCCUUUAUGAUUCACUCCUGGACAUUGCUUUCAAUGGCCCAAGAAAAAUAGUCGUAUCCAAAAUAGAACCCACAGCUUAUAAUUAUAAAGCUAGCUGUAUCAUUUCUCCAAUAGAAAUUGCCUUUCACAUUUAGAUAUUCAAAGUCUGAUAGUGACCUUAAUUUGUAGGACUCAGGCAGCA